AUGUCAGAGGAAGAUCGAAAACUCGCCGAACGCCAACGCAAGAGCGAUGAGGUCGCUGUGGAGGAGUGUUACAGACAAAUUCAAACAACGAACGAUAUCGACUUGAGCGCGUUGUUCAGAAGAGUCUUCUUCGAGACUACCAUGUCGUCAGCACUUCCGCCAGAGAUAAAGAAUGUGGUCUUAGAAGAUGCAGCUGGACUAAAUGGAGGAGCAGGACCAAGUCGUGGAGGACAGCCAAAUGGUGAUACAAGCUCUAACGGUGAGGUGGGAGCAACUGAACGAGCCCAUAUGAGUGGUAUAGUCCGACCAAACGGAGCAGUGUCAAGUGUUGGAAAAAGAGAGAAUGGGAAAGCAUCUGAGCUUCCAGCAAGUCAGGCCAAAGAGUCGCGCGCUACGGCUGUUAACAACCGUAAGAGGGAGUUUGUUCCAGAUGGCUCAUCAGCUGAUGGACAACGACCAAAGUUGGCUUCCGUAGCAACCCAAGAUGACAUCUAUGGAAACUAA